GUGGCUGUGUCAUUACAUUCUCUCAUUGUCAACAUCAUCACUAUCAGUUUGGUACAGAGGAAAAAGAAGAUGGAUCGUGAACGAUUUAUUUCGUGGCCCUGUGUUCUUAUAUUUUUACUUCCGUUUUGUCAAAUAGGAGCGUUGCAGAAUGUUCCUCCUCCCGGUGUCGCUCUGGGUAUGGAAAGUGGAGCCAUCCAAGAUUCAAGCGUGACAGCAUCUUAUGUAAAUCUGGGUUAUGGCCCCGAGAGAGGACGCCUGAACAUAGAUUCAGCCUGGUUUGGAGGUACUAGCGCUAAAUCAUCAUGGAUCCAGGUUGAUCUGUCCACUACUUAUCGUAUCACUGGAGUCGCAACACAAGGUCGUUGGGACGUUGCCCAAUGGGUUACAAGCUUUAAGGUAGCAUGCAGCAUAGACGGUAUUAUGUUCGAUAUAGUACAAGACGCCCUCAACCAGCCCGUUGCCGAUAAGGUCUUCGUGGGCAAUACGGAUGCUAAUACGGUGGUGUAUAACACAUUGCCCUCGGUUAAAGUAUGCCGGUAUGUGCGUCUGCUACCAAUCACAUAUCAUUCCGCGGUUAUGCUACGAAUGGAACUAUAUGGAGAAGGACCGGUACCAGAAAAUCUAGAAGCAGGACCGAUCAUCUCGUUACUUCAUGGUAAUGCACCGGGCGAAGGCUUCGUUCUCAAAGACGAUGGUUCGAGCAGUGGGUUUCUAUGCGGUGAGUCUUGGAAUCUUCAGAGCGCUGAGGUGGCUUGUCGUAUGCUCGGCUUCAUUGGGAUUGAAUCAUUCAGUCAACGUGUUGUGUCCUCCAUCCCUUUUGAUCCUAUUUCCGUGCAAGUCCUUCGUGAUGGUUACAUCUGCAGUGGAAGGGAGCAUACACUUUCCGAAUGCACGUCAGUCACAAAUUAUCCUUCAUGCACAACGGCAGCUGGCGUAGUUUGCACAAACAAUAUCGGUGAGUUACGCUUAUUUUGUGUGGACAACCAUCCAUUGAAAGAGAACUUCAAAAUUAUGUGGACUCAGGCGCUACGGUUGUCCGGCUAUUCUCUUCGUCAAUAUGGACAUGUAGAGAUGUACACCAACAAGACCGGUUGGGGUUUAGUUUGUGCCCAGGACUGGGAUGACCAAGACGGCCAGGUUAUUUGCAGAAUGCUCGGAUAUCCAGGGAUGUCAAGACGCUCCUCAAUAGGAGUGCCAACAAGUGACAGUACUCCUAUUACGAUUGGCGGUCUGACUUGUGUCGGUAAUGAGGCCAGCAUUGAAGAAUGCAUGUACGAUGCUGGACAUAACAUUGCUUGUGGUAUCGACAAAGUAGCACUACUCCGUUGUCAAAACGCAGGUAGAGUAUAA